UCAGUCGUGUAGUGGAUUAUGCAUUGAAUUCAUUUGUCGCAUGUGUGUGACAUUUUUACUUUAUUUUUGAAAGGAUUACAGUGCGAAUUGAUUCUUGUUAUCUUAAUUAUUUAGUUUGCACAAUUUAUCCAAAUAAACGGCGGUGAUUGAUAACAAUCGAAAAAUGAGCUCGUUGCUGCGUGUGGCGUUGAAAAAUUCCAAAUUGAAUGUAUUCUCGCACACCAAACAUCUGCACAACAAUUUGACUUCAAUCCGUCAAAAGUCCAUCAACUUGCCUUCGCGAUACUGCGGCCAAUUCAUCGGUCGGAGUGUUCUGUCCUCCGGACCGGCGGUAGCCUUAACGAAAAACCGAUAUGCGCUGUCAUCGAUCAGAUCAUUAGCAACGAUACGGGAUGAUGAUGAAGAUGACGAUAAUUAUGGUGCCGAUUCCAAUUUACCGGCAACUGUGGCUGUACCAGAUGUCUGGCCACAUUUGCCGGUAAUUGCGAUCAGUGGAAAUCCAGUUUUUCCGCGAUUCAUGAAAAUUAUCGAAGUAUCCGAUCCGGCGCUGAUGAACAUAUUACGGCGCAAAGUGAGGCUCCGUCAGCCGUAUGCUGGUUUAUUUUUGAAAAAAGACAAAGCCAACGACAAAGACACCGUGGAGAAGUUGUCCGACAUUUACGAUGUGGGCACGUUCUGUCAGAUCCAGGAGUUUCAGGAUUUGGGCGAUAAAUUGCGUAUGAUCGUCGUCGCUUAUCGUCGCAUUCGAAUCGUUCAACAAUUGUACGAGGAAAUCGAAAAAACGAAACCAGAGAAGAAAAAGGUCAAAAUCGAGGUGCUCGGGAAUGAGAUGGACAUCUCCAGAGACGACGACAACGACGAUUACCGAUCCGUUGAAGAGCCUCCGGCGAGAAGCCGAUACAAGAAAGUCAAACGCCGGAAUGACAUAAUGAAAGAAGUGAAACCACGACCGUUGACGGACCAGGACCAGCAGGCCGUGAUGAUGGUCGAAGUAGAAAAUGUGAAGACGAUAGAGCAUGAACAAUCGGAUGAGGUGAAAGCAUUAACGCAGGAAGUGAUAAAAACGCUGCGCGAAAUAAUAACCAGCAACACAUUGUACAGGGAAAAUCUGCAGCACAUGAUCAGCCAGAAUCAACGCGUCGUCAACAAUCCCAGUUAUCUGUGUGAUCUAGGAGCGUCGUUGGCAUCUGCAGAACUCAGUGAUUUGCAAGAUGUAUUGCAAGAAGAAGACAUCGCCAAACGGUUACGAUUGACUCUGGCAUUGGUGAAAAAAGAGGCGGAACUGACAAAACUGCAGAAAAAAAUCGGCGACGAAGUGGAAGAGAAGGUGAAGACUCAGCACCGAAAGUACAUUCUGCAAGAACAGUUGAAGGUGAUCAAAAAAGAGCUCGGCAUCGAAAAGGAAGACAAGGAGGCUAUUGGGGAGAAAUAUCGCGAACGCAUCAAAGACAAACUUGUACCAAAAGCUGUGGCCGAUGUCAUUGAAGAGGAACUGACGAAAUUGAGCUACCUGGAAAGUUUCAGUUCCGAAUUUAACGUUACGCGUAACUACUUAGACUGGCUGACCACAUUACCUUGGGGCGUGGCCAGUGAAGAAAAUUUAGACAUCGACAGAGCCUCCGAAAUAUUAGAUGCUGACCAUUACGGCAUGGAAGACAUCAAGAAGAGAAUUUUGGAAUUUAUUGCUGUGAGCCAGUUGAAAGGGUCGACGCAGGGCAAGAUCUUAUGCUUUUACGGUCCGCCGGGAGUCGGCAAAACGAGUAUCGCCAAGUCGAUAGCUCGUGCAUUGAAUCGUGAAUAUUUUCGAUUUAGUGUGGGUGGAAUGACGGACGUGGCUGAAAUAAAAGGCCAUCGUCGGACAUAUGUCGGCGCAAUGCCCGGCAAAUUAAUUCAAUGUUUGAAGAAGACAGCAACCGAAAAUCCAUUGGUUCUAAUCGACGAAAUUGACAAAAUGGGAAGGGGACAUCAAGGCGAUCCGAGCUCGGCUUUAUUGGAAAUGCUCGAUCCCGAACAAAAUGCGAAUUUUUUGGACCAUUAUCUGGAUGUACCGGUUGACUUGUCCAAAGUACUCUUCAUCUGUACGGCCAACGUGCUGGACACGAUACCCGGACCACUAAGAGAUCGAAUGGAAUUGAUUGAAAUGUCCGGUUAUGUGGGAGAGGAGAAGAUAUCGAUUGCCCGUCAAUAUUUGAUACCUCAAUCGACCAAAGACAGUGGCCUAAGUAGCGAACAAAUUGAAAUCACCGACAACGCUCUGGUGACUCUAAUCAAGAGUUAUUGCCGCGAAUCGGGAGUGAGGAAUCUGCAAAAGCACAUUGAAAAGGUUGUCCGGAAAGUUGCCUACAAAAUUGUGAAGAAAGAGGCGGAACAGAUGACAGUGUCCGACGAUAACAUUGAAACGUACGUAGGAAAACCAAUAUUCACUCACGAUCGAAUGUACGAUAAGACACCGCCGGGAGUGGUAAUGGGAUUGGCCUGGACAGCAAUGGGUGGUUCCACUUUGUACAUCGAAACUGCCAAACGAAAACUGAACGGAUCCGAUGAAAAAUCCAGUAAAUCGAGCGGUUCACUUCAUCUGACUGGUCAUUUAGGCGAUGUUAUGAAAGAGUCAGCUCAAAUUGCCCUGACUGUGUCGCGCAAUUUCAUCAAAAAAGCCGAAGAAACGAAUUCGUUCCUCGACACAAAUCACAUUCAUUUGCACGUACCUGAAGGAGCCACUAAGAAGGAUGGACCCAGCGCUGGUGUCACAAUCGUCACAGCACUGCUAUCGUUAGCAUUAGACCGACCGAUUCGGCAAAAUAUUGCAAUGACCGGGGAAGUUUCGUUGAUGGGAAAAGUUCUUCCGGUUGGCGGAAUUAAGGAAAAAAUCAUUGCGGCUAAACGAAUCGGUGUCAACUGUGUCAUACUUCCGGAAGAGAACCGAAAAGAUUUCACCGAAUUAGCCGACUACAUUACCAGUGGUUUAGAGGUACAUUUCGUUAGUAACUACGAGGAUGUUUAUCGCAUAGCGUUCCAGUAGAGUCGUAUGGUACACAUUGUAAUUAAUUGGAAGAAAAGUUUAAUAAAAUUGCCGUUGAAAACGUUCAGACCGCAAUUUGUAAUUGUAACGAACCGGACCAUCCCGACCUGACGAAUAUAAAGUCGGUAGCAGUUUAA